ACUGGCAUGGCACAGACCACAUGGAAAAUUAAUAAAAAUUACCUGCCGUACCCUAUUUAUAGUCCUUUGCUAGCUAGCUAGCUAUAGAAGAGAUCUAGAUUGGAGUAUUUGAAGGCUAGCUAGAACAAGACUUGAUUGUUUAUAAUGAAGGCUCUGAUUCUUGUUGGUGGAUUUGGAACAAGACUGAGGCCACUCACACUGUCCAAGCCCAAGCCUUUGGUGGAGUUUGCCAAUAAACCCAUCCUACUGCACCAAAUUGAGGCCUUAGCAGAGGCUGGAGUAAAGCAUGUCAUUCUGGCAGUGAGCUACCGGGCUGAGCUCUUAGAGAAGGAGAUGAAAGAGCAAGAACAGAAGUUGGGAAUCUCAAUCACGCUUUCUCAUGAGCAAGAACCACUAGGAACAGCCGGUCCCCUUGCCCUUGCCCGGGACAUAUUGGAUGCUGACUCCUCCCCUUUCUUUGUCCUCAACAGUGACGUAAUCUGCAACUACCCCUUCACCAAGAUGCUAGAGGCGCACAAAGCUCACGGGAAAGAAGGAACCAUUGUGGUGACUCGGGUGGAAGAGCCGUCCAAAUACGGGGUUGUGGUGUACAAUGAGGAAAGUGGACAGAUACAGAGAUUUAUGGAGAAACCAAAAGUAUUUGUGUCGAACAAGAUCAACGCAGGCAUGUACAUCUUUAACCCAUCAGUUCUAAAGAGGAUUGAGGUUAGAUUCAUGUCGAUUGAGAAAGAAGUGUUCCCGUACAUGGCAAAAGAAGGAGAAUUAUUCACCUAUAGCUUACAAGGUUUCUGGAUGGAUAUUGGUCAGCCCAAAGACUUUGUCACAGGUGUGGGGAUGUACUUGUCGUAUCUUGCGGACAAUCACCCAGCAAAGUUAUCGAAGGGAGAUAAUUUUGUUGGAAAUGUUCUUGUGCACCCCACUGCUAAGAUUGGUGAGGACUGCCGAAUCGGACCGAGUGUGGUCAUUGGACCAAACGUUGUGAUAGAAGAUGGAGUGUGUUUGUCAAAGUCCACAGUGCUGUGUGGGUCCACCGUCAAGUCACAUGCCUGGGUGCAGUCCAGCAUCAUUGGCUGGAAAUCAACUGUCGGGAAAUGGGUGAGGAUGGAGAACAUUUCUGUGCUCGGGGAAGAUGUUAUCAUUCAAGAUGAGUUGUACAUUAACGGUGGCCGCAUACUCCCACACAAGAACAUUGGUACCUCGGUGCCAGAACCACAAAUUAUCAUGUGACAUUUAUUGAAUAUCCGAUAUACAUUCUGCAUUGUGCAAUUAGCUAGUAUCUAAUUCUCACAUGAUUAUAUCAGUCUGUUUUUGAGACAAUUGCACAUUUUGCAUUGAAUUUGUCUAACUUUG